AUGGUGUCUAUUAAUACUUCAGGAACAGCAAAUAGUGAAAACGUUGCCGCUAGCAGCACGAGUGACUACAAGCCUCGAGUCGCGGUCAUUGGAGCAGGAUCGAGUGGUCUAACGGCCAUGAAACAAUGUCUUGAUGACAAUUUGGAACCGGUUUGCUUUGAACAAAAUUCUCAUGUUGGUGGAUUAUGGAAGUAUGAAGAAAUUGACGAAAAGAACAAAGAUCCACAUUCUUCGGUCUUCAGGACAACUGUUAUAAAUACUAGUAAAGAAACGAUGACCUUUUCCGAUUAUCCAAUUCCUCACGAUUGGCCAACUUACUUACCUCAUCAUCUAGUAUUAAAAUAUUUCGAAAUGUACGCAGAACAUUUCAAACUUGACCAAUAUAUUAAAUUCCGAACAAACGUAUUACGCGUCUCAAAUCUAUCCGAUGAUCGAUGGAAGCAUCGUUGGCCGAAAUAUGAAGGAAUGGAUAACUUUGGUGGUCAGCAAAUACAUUCACAUUUUUAUCGAGAUACAAAAGCAUUUGAAAAUAAACGCGUAAUUAUCGUUGGGUGUGGUAAUAGUGGAAUGGAUAUCUCCGUAGAGUUGAGUACUAUUGCUUCCCAAGCGUACAUUGUUGCUCGCCGAGGCACACUUCCAUGGAUUUUACCCCGUCUAGCAAUUUUCGGCAUUCCACCUGAUCACCUAGACAACCGCUUUCUGCAUUUUCUCCCUUCUAAACUUCAGAAUUUCCUCAGAGAGAAACUUUCUUACUUCACAGUUGGACCUCCUCCGCCCGGUCUGGAACCAAAAUACCCAAUUAGUGCGCAUCAUGCAACAAUAAAAACCGAAUUAUAUGAGCGUCUUUCCACCGGGACUCUUAUCGUGAAACAGAAUAUCGCUAAAUUGAAUGAAGAUAAAUCCGUCGAAUUUGUGGAUGGGACCAGGAUUGAAGACAUUGAUGUAAUUAUAUACUGUACUGGAUAUCAUAUUUCUUUUCCAUUUUUGGACGGAGAAAUUUUGACGGGUGGAAAAGAAAUCGAAAAGUUUGAUCCAGAGUAUCGUGAAAAUUUAGCUUGGUUGUAUAAAUUGGUGUUUCCUCCGCGUUAUAAGAAUAUCGCGUUUUUGGGAUUAGUUCAACCUAAUGGUCCUAUAUUUCCAGUCACUGAAUUACAAGCGCGUUACGCCACUAGCAUAAUCAGAGGUCACAUAACUCCACCAUCACCUGAGAGAAUGGACCAAUGGGUCGAGAACUACCAAAAUUUCCUUCAAAAAACUUUUUAUAGCUCUGCAAGACACACCGUCGAAUCACCGUUUGUUGAGAUGAUGGAUCUAUUGGCUAAAGAUAUUGGAUGUCUGCCGACUAGUAAAGAAGUGUUUCUGAAAUACGGGUUUAAAGCUUGGAGAAAUUACUUUUUUGGUAUAAUUACUCCGAUUCAGUAUCGUUUAUUUGGUAGACAUUCAUGGGAUAAAGCAGUGGAAUGGAUGAAUAUUUAUAAUGGCGGUCAAUCUUAUGCAGUUAUUGGUAAUGGUGUUGCUUUAGAAACCGGUAAAAAAGACCAAGAUAAAAAAUAUGACUGA